AUCCCUCUCACCUUUUCUCAUUUCAUGUGAAAAUAAGAAUCCUCCUCAGUGCCUGUUAGUGAAAUGUGCUUUCAUUUCAGACACAGUUGACCAUCAAGGAUGUGGACAUCAGGUUCACUCCAGAGGAGUGGGAAUGCCUGGACCCUGCUCAGAGGGCCUUGUACUGGGAUGUGAUGGAGGAGACCUACAGGAACCUGCUGUCUGUGGGUUCCUGAUGAUAUCAGUUGGCAUCCUGGGAUUAUAAAUGGGAACCCAAAACUGCAAUCUUUGAAGUCUCACCCAUGACUGUAACAGGCUGCCUGGGAUCUUUUCUUCACUUGGUCUUCAGUUGUGCUGUACCGCGGGACUUCCCAGCGCUUUUUGAGUCUGGAUGUUGGUCAGAACCCAAUUUGGUUUGUCUCAUAUACAUAUGACCAAGAAAUUACAAGCAAAAGGAAACAGUGGAAAAGGAGAAAUUUUGCAAAGAGUGAUGUUUGGAAGAGCUGAAACCUAUGAAACCAAAGAUUUUUUCCUCAGGAAGAUACAGGAAACUGUGCAUGGUUUUGAGAGUCUGUGGACAGCUGCUGAAAGAAAUGGCAAAGGAAUGUCUGUAUCCCAUAACAGAAACCUCACUGGUGGAAGAGAUCAUCAGAGUAGAAAUGAUGUAGGAGAUAAGCCUGUUGAAAUGCACAGAUCAAGCUUUCAUGAUGAAUUGCAGAUGCUUCAGUCUGAAGGGACAGUUUCUGAAUGUAGUCAGGUUGUGACAAAUAUCAACAGUAGUACCUCAGGUUUGCCACCUCAGAGAACUCGUAGUGUCCAUAAAGGCAGUUCUCAUAAACAUGAGAGUGCUGUUAUGCAUCCCUCGGAACUGGCACCACACCAGGAAUCACACAAGAAAAAAUCUUACAAAUGUAAUGAGUGUGAUAUAAUGUUUCUUCAGGACUCAGAACUCACUAGAUAUCAAAGAAUCCAUACAGGAAGAAAACCAUAUAAAUGUGAUGUGUGUGGCAAGGCCCUUAAUGAUAAUGUGAGCCUUGCAGUUCAUCAGAGAAAUCGUAUUGGAGAGAAGCCAUAUACAUGUGAUGUGUGUGGAAAGGCCUUUACUUACAAAAAACGCCACACACUUCAUCAGACCCUUCAUACUGGAGAGAAACCAUAUAAAUGUGAUGUAUGUGGCUGUGGCUAUACUCGAAAGUCAAAGCUUGGAAUUCAUCAGAGAAUUCAUACUGGAGAGAAUUCUUAUAAAUGUGAUGUAUGUGGUUGUGGCUUUACUGGAAAGAGACAUCUUGGAACUCAUCGGAGAAUUCAUACUGAAGAGAAAUCUUACAAAUGUAAUAGCUGUGACAAAUGUUUUUUUACACUGUCAUCCUUAAAUAUACAUCAGGCAGUUCAUACAGGUGAGAAAGCAUGUAAAUGUAAUUUAUGUGGCAAAAUAUUCAGUUCCAGGGGUAACUUUGCUGUUCAUCAGAGAACUCAUACUGGAGAGAAACCAUAUAAAUGUGAUAUGUGUGGAAAGGCCUUUACUCACAAAGAAAGCCAUGCACUUCAUCAGAUCCUUCAUACUGGAGAGAAACCAUAUAAAUGUGAAGUAUGUGGCCGUGGCUAUACUCGAAGCACACAUCUUGCAAUUCAUCAGAGGGUUCAUACUGGAGAGAAACCAUAUAAAUGUGAUGUAUGUGGCAAGGCCUUUAUUGUAAAUGGAGGCCUUAUAUCUCAUCAGAAAGUACAUACCAGAGAGAAACCAUAUAAGUGUGAUGUAUGUGGAAAGGCCUUUAGUGUAAAUGGAAGCCUUACAUCUCAUCGGAAUAUUCAUACUGGAGAGAAACCAUAUAAAUGUGAUAUAUGUGGUAAGGCCUUUAGUGUAAAUGGAAGACUUAAAUCUCAUCGGAAUAUUCAUACUGGAGAGAAACCAUAUGAAUGUGAUGUAUGUGGUAAGGCCUUUACUAUAAAUGGAAGCCUUAUAUUUCAUCAGAAAAUUCAUUCUGGAGAGAAACCUUAUAAAUGUGAUGUAUGUGGCAAGGCCUUUAGUUUCAAUGCAAGCCUUGCAGUUCAUCGAAGAAUUCAUACUGGAGAGAAACCAUAUAAGUGUGUUGUGUGUGGAAAGGCCUUUAGACAAACUGCAUCCUUUGCAGUUCAUCAAAGAAUUCAUUCUGGAGAGAGACUGAGAGGGUAACAUGCAGGAAGGACAGGGGCCUCCAAAAGAGGAAAUAGGCUGCAAGUGUCUCUUAAAAUUCUGUGUUGCUAUGAUGACACCUGGUUCCACCUGAACUUAACUUUUCUCUAACCUUGAGCUAAACCUUGAGCAUUUUUCUUAUGGAAAUGUUUUUCUUAAGCUAUGUUAAUGAAACUAUGUAUUUGCUUUGGAAUUGGCCUUUCUUCAAAAUGAUUCCUCCUAAGACUAUCAUCAAACCAUGGGCUGAUGAUAGCUCAACAAAACAGUAUUCGUAUCAGUUGUUUUAUGGCUGGGGGAUGACACACCUCUUGCCCUCCUAUCUCAAAGAUGCAUAUUAUGAGAGAGGGGCCUGCUGAAACUCCCUCAGCCUUGAGGUGUCUCUCUUAUCUGAUGAAUAACUUUCUAACCGACAUAAAACAGCUUGCUAAAACUAGCAGCGGGGAGCACUCUCCAUCCCCCUUCUGAUGUCUAUGUCAGAAGCUUUCUCUGUCCCUUUUUCACUUUAAUAGAACUCUGCUACACAAAAGCUCUUGAUUGAUCAGACCUGGUCCUUGGUCCCAAAGCUAAUCUUCAGAGAUCACGAAUCCCACACUAUUCAUGAUAAGUUAUCAAAACCUUACAAAUGUAAGAAUUGUGACAAAGGUUUUAGUGCACAGUCAGCCUUAACUCACCAUCAGGCAGUUCAUCCAGGAGAGAAAGCAUAAAAAUGGGACGUAUGGCUGGUGCUUGAAAUGACCAUCAUAGGAAGCAUCAAAUAAUUCACAGUAGAGAAAAAUGUUACAAAUGGAAUAACUGUGAGAAAUAGUGCAAAUUUAAUGAGUGUGGCAAAGACUUUAGUUAGAGUUCAGGCCUUAUAAUUCAUCAGAGUAUUCAUACUGUAUAGAAAGCAUACAAAUGAAAUGAAUGUGGCGAAGCUUCUAUUUCAUGUCCAGCCUUAACUGACCAUUAGGCAGUUCAUACAGGAAAGAAACUGAAGAGGAAAAGUUAAAAUUUUACCUCCUUCUCCUUCUGCCUCUGUAACUCAGCUUGCUUCUUGCAAAGUCUAAAUCAUGUAGGUCUCAGAAAGUGGAGACUCACAAUACUAGUAACUGGAGCUUAUCCCAUUCACCCUUGUCCUGCUCUUUGCAAUCACCCUAGCCCCUGCAAACCCGCUUAAUCAUGCCUGUCCAUGUAGAAAAACUCUAACCCCCUUGUUCAGGGCUCAGAGCUUGGAGUGUUAACUCCUCUGGGCCCAGCAGCAUAAUAAACCUGAGUUCUCCAA